GUGAAGCAUUUGAAGAUGUGAAGUUCUGAGAAGCAGCACUCAUCUUGCCCGAUCAGACUCUUCCAAUCCAAAAUGCCACUUGAGCUGUAUCUCGACCUACAUUCCCAGCCAUGUCGUGCCGUCUUCCUAUUUGCCAAGAUAACAAAAAUUCCCUUUGAAUACAAAGCCGUGGACCUGUCUGCAGGUGAACAUUUUGGAGAAGAUUUCGGGAAGGUCAGCAUUAUAAGGAAGGUACCUGUCCUUAAAGAUGGAGAGUUUAUCCUCACAGAAAGCAUAGCGAUUAUGCAGUACUUGGCAGCAAAACAUUGCACCCCAGACCACUGGUACCCAGCUGACCUGCAGAAGCGUGCACGAGUAGAUGAGUAUCUAUCCUGGCAGCACACAAACAUAAGAGCUAAUGGGUCAAAGGUCUUCUGGUUUAGGGGAGUGUUGCCUGUGGUCACAGGGGCCCCAGUGCCCAAGGAGAAGAUGGAUUCUGCUGUGGAGGACCUCAACAUGGCUCUAAAGAUCUUUGAGGAGAAGUUUCUGCAGGACAGACCCUUUAUAAUUGGAGCGAAAAUAUCACUGGCAGAUCUAGCAGCCAUUGUAGAGAUGAUGCAGCCGGUCGGUACUGGUCUAGAUGUGUUUGAAGGCAGACCUGCUCUGAGCGCAUGGAGAGACAGAGUGAAGAAGGAGAUUGGUGUGGAAGUCUUCGAUGAGGCUCAUAAGAUUAUCAUGAAUGUUGAUAUACUGCCACAGACAUUUGAAAGCAAGGGUAUACCAGAGUUUCUCAAACUUAGGAUUCAGAAAAUGUUUAUCUGAUUACUUUUAAAUUCUAACUUUGAUCUUUCAUCAAGUUACUGUUCAGUUAUGUGAUGGACUAGAUUUGACAUAGAUUAGAAACUAUCACAAUUGUAAAAUCACUAUAUUCAAAAUAAACAGAAGAU